AUGUUGAGGGAUGAAAAUUUACGGCCGCACCAAAGCCUCACAAUUUCAUUAUCGCCUUAUACCCUGCGUGAACGAAUUCAAACGGCACGACACAAAAGUGGAUUAAGUGGGACAGUUAUUUGGUUUUCUACAGUUAAUAGAUCCGGGAUAAGAACGAGCAAAUACCAAAUAAGCAUCAGAAUAAGAAAAGAAAAAGGAAGUUUAAACAAUAUUACGAAUCUUCGUCUUGAAAAUUGGUGA